AUGAUGAGCUGGUGGUCAUCAUCGGCCAAUACGGCCCUGGACGAGCAAAUCGACAAGGCGACUAGUACUUACAGAUACCUGCGUCAAAAACGGGGAGACCACUUCUUGAAGGAAAUCGCAUCGCGCGAGUUUAUGGACAACUUAACAUCCCUCCUACAAGCUGUGGGACCCGCAGCCGUUAACCUUGAGGUCCGAGAACAGAUUCUCGAACACAUCCAGGCCUGGGCGACCGCUACCGAAGGACGACACGAGCUAUCCUAUAUUAACCAAGUGUAUAAUACCAUGAAGAGAGAAGGCUAUCAGUUUCCUCCCAAGAUUACCAUCUCUAGCAAUAUGAUCGACUCGAGCGCCCCACCCGAGUGGAUCGAUUCUGAUGUAUGCAUGCGAUGCCGUACCGCCUUUACCUUCACCAACCGCAAGCACCACUGCCGCAACUGCGGUAACUGCUUCGAUCAACAGUGCUCGACCAAGACCAUACCCCUCCCUCAUCUUGGCAUCAAAACGCCUGUUCGGGUUGACGAUGGGUGUUAUGCGAAGCUUACGACCAAGUCCUCGGUAGACCGGGCUCCGACAUACCCGCAUAAGACCCGAAGCACAUCCGCCAUGCAGCCGAGGAGCGCUCGCGUAGACGAAGUCAUUGACGACGAUCUUCGACGAGCUUUAGAGAUGAGCUUGGAAGAAGUGAAGAGUUAUUCUCGAGGUUAUGUCGACUCCAGCCAAAAGGCAUCGUCUACGGCCAAGGUCAACGGGCACUUUGACGCCUCCAAGUCGGCCCCUGAAGAGGAAGAGGACGAUGACCUGAAAAGGGCGAUUGCGGCGUCGCUCGCCGAUAUGGAGGAGCAGAAACAAAAACAUUCUGCUGCUUUAAAGCAACAAACACACGGCCCUGCCACUACGUCUUCCGUGCCUCUGACGCUCCCCAAGAAUGAUUAUGAGCUUACUCCCAUCGAGGCGGAGAAUAUCAAUUUGUUUGCGACCUUGGUGGACCGGCUACAGACCCAGCCUCCCGGAACGAUCCUAAGGGAACCUCAGAUCCAGGAGCUAUACGAUAGCAUUGGUGCGUUACGGCCAAAGCUAGCACGUACCUACGGAGAGACAAUGAGCAAGCAUGAUACCCUGCUGGACCUUCAUGCGAAGUUGUCUACCGUGGUUCGAUAUUAUGACAGAAUGCUUGAGGAGCGUCUUUCCAAGGCCUAUGGACAGCAUACCCUCGGCGGGUACAACCCUGGCCCCCACGACAAUCCGCUGGACCGUAUCCCACCCUUCAUACCAGCGGCCCUAACGUGCCAGGGCCAGCCGAGAACUUUACACGGGGAGCAGCGCCAGGAUUACGGGCGCGCGCCAGCGCCAGCACAUCACUAUCCCCCGCAACCGCCUUCACAACCCGCGUACCCCGCAGCGCCUCCCUUCAGCAAUGGCAACAACCUCCUCAAGCGCAUGGAUAUGGAGGGUAUCCCCAAGAGCCUCCGAAGCAGCAGCAACCUGUCGUAG